GUCUGUCUCAGUCUUCGCCAGGUGAUCAGAGUCUUUAUGGGGUCAGUAUGGGGAAUCCAUUAAACUUUUCUCAGGCUCUGCAUUUUUGUGUUUUAUUUAGCAUUCUUUUCAUUGCACUGUCAGGUUUUAGUCAUUCUGUGGAAAAAAGAAACAUUUUGAGGACAGAAGAAAGAGCAGAGAAAAGAGAUAGUACUUUAAUAGAGAAAAGUGAUGAUCUGCAGAUGGAGGAAACGAGUGCUUUUCAAUCUGCUUCAACUCAGUGCGUGAAAGCAGGAGACAAUGAGCCUCUCGCCUUGCAGAUGGACGGGGACGUUGUCAUAGGGGGGUUUUUCCCUUUGCACUAUCUGGCCUCUGAGCUUCAGCACAGCUACCAAAGCAAACCCCAGGUCACACCUUGCAGCGGAUUUGAUCACAGAGCCUUCCGCUGGAUGAUGACGAUGGCGUUUGCCGUGGAGGAAAUAAACAACAAGUCCAGCCUCCUGCCUGGCGUCAAGCUCGGCUACCGCAUCUUGGACAGCUGUGACAACGUCCACAGCAGCCUGCAGGCUCUUUUCUCCUUAGUCACUUUCUCAGAGUCUGCGGCUGGUGGCGAGCAAAUGUUGGGAAUGAAAAACACGAUAAACCUGACAGGCGAAGAGGCGCAAACGUUAUUAACGACUCGGGAUGAUGAAACUCCCAGCUGUCUGUCUGGCUCUCCCAUCCCCGCCGUCAUUGGUCUCGCAUCGUCGUCCCCAACAAGGGCUGUAGCUCAAGUUCUUGGCUCUUUCAACAUCCCGCUGGUGAGUUAUUUUGCCACUUGCACCUGCCUCAACGACAAGCACGUGUAUCCGUCAUUUUUGCGGACUGUGCCGAGCGACCUUUUCCAAGUCGCAGGUCUGGUGCAGCUGGUCACAUUCUUAGGAUGGCAGUGGGUGGGCACCAUAGGGACGACCGAUGACUACAGUCAGUAUGGCAUACAGGAGUUCUCCAGUCACUUCAGACACAGCGGCGGCUGCGUGGCUUUCCACCUGACUAUUCCAAAAUCACCGACAGCGGCUGAGAUUCAGGACAUGGCGGACAUGCUGCAGAUCUCCACCGCAGACGUGGUGGUGGUUUUUGCGGCCGAGGGACAACUUUUGGAUUUGUUCCUGGAACUUUCUCGUAGAAAUGUAACAGGGAUCCAGUGGGUGGCCAGUGAAGCCUGGGUGACGGCCGGCCUUCUGACGUUUCCGGACUUCCACGGCCUUUUAGAGGGAACGCUCGGCUUCUCUUUCCCGGGAGUCAAUAUCCCUGGGUUGAAAGAGUUCCUCCUUAAUGUCCGUCCGUCUCCGGAGCUGGGAAUGGAGUUCAUCAACAUGUUCUGGGAGGAGCAGUUUGGAUGUCAGCUCCAGUUCGAUCUACUGAAUCUGGAUCACAGAUUCAAUCUGGACUCUCAAAAUACGUCUGUUGUGACAAAGAAAAAGGAAUCCAGCGAACGUAUAAAUGCUGAUCCGAAGCCUGUAUGUACAGGCUCGGAAGACCUGAGCCUCACGUCAAGCAGCUACACUGACGUAUCUCGGGUCAGAAUAUCCUACAAUGUGUAUAAGGCCGUGUUUGCCAUCGCCCACGCUCUCCACAACUUACUUAACUGUGACUCUGCAGGAAUAAAUGAGGGUAUGUGUGACAAAAACACAGAAUUCACUGCAGGACAGCUGCUGGACCAUCUGAAGAAGGGAAAUUUCACAAAUCAGUUUCAGGAGAGAGUUUACUUUGACACAAACGGAGAGCCGGUCCCUUUAUAUGACAUCAUUAACUGGCAGAAGGACAGCAAGGGGAAAAUCAGAUUUGUUAAAGUAGGAGGCUAUGAUGGUUCAGCUCCACUGGGGCAACAGCUGAAGAUAAAUGGCAGCAUUAUUGUAUGGACAGGAGGCCAGUCGCAGGUGCCCGUGUCUCGGUGCAGCGCUCCGUGUCGCCCCGGCAGCCGACAGGCCAGACGUCCAGGGAAACCUCCGUGCUGCUUUGACUGCCUGCCUUGUGCGGAUGGAGAGAUCAGCAACCAGACAGGCUCCACCGAGUGCACUAAAUGCCCAGAGUCCUACUGGUCCGACAAAGACAAGGUGAAAUGCGUCGCAGGCGUUGAAGAGUUCCUGUCUUACAGCGAGACCAUGGGCAUCGUCCUGGUUCUGCUGACCUUGCUCGGCGUCGUCCUGACAGCCAUCAUUACUGUGAUCUUCCAUCGUUUUCGCACCACGCCCAUCGUUAAGGCCAACAACUCCGAAAUAAGUUUCUUGCUUCUUCUGUCGCUGAAGCUCUGCUUCCUCUGUUCCCUGGUGUUCAUUGGCCAACCCUCGGUGUGGACGUGCAUGCUACGCCAGGCGGCGUUUGGGAUUAGCUUCGUCAUCUGCCUGUCCUGUCUCCUGGUCAAGACUGUUGUCGUUCUUUUGGCCUUUCGGGCCAACAUGCCGAGCUCCGGGGGUCUGAAACUGUUUGGUCCAACCCAACAGAGGACUAUGAUCUUCUGCACGACGACUCCUCAGAUUUGUCUGUGUGUUGGCUGGCUCUUGGGUGCACCUCCAUUCCCUAUCAAGAAUCCCACAUAUCAAGCUUCAUAUGGAAAAAUUGUUUUGGAGUGUAAGGAGCCGUGGCCUCUUGGGUUUUACCUGCUGCUGAGCUACAUCGGCCUGCUCGCGUUUGUGUGCCUCCUGCUGGCGUUCCUCGGACGGAAGCUGCCGGAUACCUUCAACGAAGCCAAGCUCAUCACCUUCAGCAUGCUGAUUUUCUGGGCGGUGUGGAUCUGUUUCAUCCCAGCUUACGUCAGUUCACCCGGAAAGUUCUCGGUAGCAGUGGAGAUAUUUGCAAUACUGGCUUCCAGUUUUGGUCUUUUGUUGUGCAUCUUUGUACCCAAAUGUUACAUAAUUCUUCUUCAUCCUGAAAGGAACAUUAGAAAAGGUAUGACUGGAAAAUAUAGAUAAAUCCAUAUGCCUUUUUCUUUUCUUAAUCAAGUAAACACAAUUUAUUUUUUCGUUGUUGCUAUCCCUAUUAAAAUGCCUUUUUAAUGUAAGGAGUUGUAUGCAAAUCUUAUUUGGAUCAGAAUAAAAAUAAGACAUCUGUUUCAAU